AUGUUGUUUAUCGGCCUGCUGCUGCUGCUACUACUGCCCCUGCUGGCCACCACCCGCCUGCUAUGGAGCCUGUGGAUGCUCAGGACCCUCCACCUCCCACCUCUUGUCCCAGGCUUCCUGCACCAGCUGCAUCCCAACCUCCCCUUCUACCUACUUGGCCUGACUCAGAAAUUCGGACCCAUUUACAGGCUCCGCCUGGGGCUGCAAGAGGUGGUGGUGCUGAACUCCAAGAGGACCAUUGAGGAGGCCAUGGUCAAGAAGUGGGUGGACUUUGCCGGCAGACCUCAAAUAACAUCCUACAAGCUGGUGUCUCAUGACAACCAGGACCUGUCAGUAGGAGACUACUCCCCGCUCUGGAAGGCCCAAAAGAAGCUCACUCGCUCUGCCCUGCUGCUGGGCAUCCGCAGCUCUAUGGAGCCUGUUGUGCAGCAGGUGACCCAGGAGUUCUGUGAGCGCAUGAGAGCCCAGGCCGGCACCCUCAUGACCAUUCAUAAAGAAUUCUCCUUGCUCACCUGCACCAUCAUCUGCUACCUCACCUUUGGAGACAAGGUCCAGGAGGACUCCCUGGUGCAUGCUUUUCACGACUGCAUCGAGGACUUGUUAAGCACCUGGGAUCACUGGUCCAUCCACAUUUUGGACAUUCUGCCUUUUCUCAGGUUCUUCCCCAACCCAGGUCUGUGGAGGCUGAAGCGGGUCAUAGAGAAGAGGGACCACAUGGUGAAGGAACAGCUGAAGAUCCACAAGGAGACCCUAGUGACAGGCCAGUGCAGGGACAUGACAGACUACAUGCUGCAAGGGAUGAAGAAGCAGAUGGUGCAAGAGGGAGACAUGGGGCCGCUACUUGAAGGCCACGUGCACAUGGCUAUGGUUGACCUAUUCAUUGGUGGCACAGAGACCACAGCAACCACCCUCUCCUGGACAGUGCUGUUCCUGCUUCAUCACCCUGAGAUUCAGCAGCGACUGCAGGAGGAACUGGACCGCGAGUUGGGCCCCCUUGCCUCGGACUUCUGCGUGCAGUAUAAGGAUCGCGUGCGGCUGCCUUUGCUCAAUGCCACCAUCGCUGAGGUGCUGCGCCUACGGUCCUCUGUGCCCCUGGCCUUGCCUCACCGCACCACGCGGCCCAGCAGCAUCCUGGGCUACGAUAUCCCAGAGGGCAUGGUCGUCAUCCCCAACCUCCUAGGCGCCCACUUCGAUGAGACCGUCUGGGAGCGGCCUCAAGAGUUCCGGCCUGAGCGCUUCCUGGAGUCAGGCACAGGACCCAGGGAGCUGGCCUUUGGCUGCGGCGCACGCGUGUGCCUUGGCGAGCCGCUGGCACGCCUGGAACUCUUCGUGGUGCUGACGCAGCUGCUCCGGGCCUUCACGCUGCUGCCGCCCGCCGGCGCCCUGCCCUCGCUGCAGCCCCAGCUUCAAUAUGGCAUCUCCCUCCAGAUGCCGCAUUUCCAGGUGCGGCUGCAGCCCCGGGGCGCGAGUGCUCCAGACCCGGGAGAGAACCAAUGA